UUUUUCUACGGCGUUGUUCCAAACCAGGGUACACUUACACUACCUCACUCCACUACCACCACCACUACCAUUCCUCUCUUCUUUCUCUAACAACAUUUUAUAUUCUCUUCUUCUCAUUCUUCUUUUUCAUAUCCAUUUUCUCUCUCUAUCUCCAUUUCUUUGACUUUUCAUUUGACUUUUUCUCUUACUCUCCCAAAUGCAUAACCAAGAUCAAAGAAAAACUCACACUCCAGGGCACGAGAAUCAUGGAGUUUAUGUGUGUCACAAAUGUGGAUGGCCGUUUCCGAAUCCACAUCCCAGUGCUAAACAUAGACGCGCUCACAAGAAGAUCUGCGGAACUGUUGAAGGUUACAAACGGAAACAAAACGGUUCGGAUGAUGAACGUGUUUCGGAUGACGAUUACAAAACUCCGGGUUUGGUUCUGUCUAGUGGCAAUAAUGAGAAGGGUAAUGUUGGAAUUAAAGGGAAGUUUACUAGGGUUGAAAGUGAUGUGUUUUCAGAUGCAGUUGCUGAUUUUCCAGAUACUGGAGUUAAGGAUCAUUUUCCACAAACCCUGAAAGGGUCUUCUGGGAACAAUGAUUUUAAUGCUACCGAUGUGACUCCACUGGUUGCCAACUCAAGCAAUGAGUUCCAAAUUAAGAGUUCUGAAAUUCCACAAAAUGAAAGUUUUGAAGUGGAAAAUAUAGUCGAGUCGCAAGGUCAAUUAUCAGGCUCUAGUGUGGAUCCAUUAAUAAGCUCAGUUGCAGAUUCAAAGACUGAAGAAUUAAGUAUUGUGCAUGGUGAUGGUUUUUCUGGUCUGUCAAGUGAGUCAAGUCUCAGCAAAGCUGCAGCUGUAUGUGAUACUUUGCCAGAAAAAAAUAUCUAUACUGGUGAAGAUGUAACAGGUUCUGGUUUAACACAUGGUGAAAAGGAGUCUAAUUUGAAAGGAAAGGAUGAGGUAAAAUCAGAAAGAGACGUGGUUGAAAUUGUGGAAUCAACUAAUAACAUUGAUGGUGAUGGAGCUGUUAAUCCAAAUGAAAAGAAGGGAUCCGAGUUCGUUUCUUUGCAGCCUCAAUAUGAACUUCCACUAGAAGUAAACUCGUCUAUUAUCAACAAAGAGACGCCGGUAGAAUCUGCACAUGCAAUAGAGUCCAAUAACAGUAGUGAAGUCAAGGUUUUGCAGGAAAAGGAAGACGUGAAUGUUAGUAGUGAUCCACUUCCUGUGCACGAUGAUACACUUGGUGUAGCUUAUCCUCACAGUGAGUCAUUGAAACAUGAGGAAGAUGUUAGCAAGGAAAGUAAUUUUCAUUUCAACACAAGCCAAUCAAGGGAAAGAAGCGGUGUUCUCUCUGAAGACACACAUGCUGAGCAUUGCUCUGAAUUUUCUUUAGGCGAGCUUGCAACUGAAACUUAUCAAAGAUCACAUGAAAUUGGAGUGUCUAUGAAAACUGAGACGAGUGAGAAUGAUUUUUCUGAAGAGCACGGACCUGAUGACGUUCAUGAAAAUUCUCAACUCAAAAGUAGUUUAUUGGUUUCAUCAAAUGAAUAUCAAAGGGAGGCAUCCUUUCAGUCCGCGACCGAUGAAACAUUUGACAUCAUCAAUGUUAGUCAUCGUUCGAAUGACACAACUGAAAUAAAUGAUGUAUCUGUAGAUGGAAAGGUUGCAGGAGCUAAUGUGGAAAACGACACUGAAGUUCUAUUGAAUGAUUAUCAACCUAGGGACCUCUUGCAAUCUGAAGUUGAGGAAUCAAGUGUCUUAUAUAAGAAUAAUGGCGAUGAUGCUGGUGAAACGGGUAAAAUUGAAGAAUGUGAUAGAACUGAAGAGGAAAUCAAUAGCAAUAUCAAAUUAUAUGAAGAAUAUAACAAACCCACUGGUGUUGCUGUUGACUCACAUGUAGAACAAGCUACACAUCUAUUAGUGGAGACUGCAGAGGACUUUUCCAUCAAGCAUACGCCACAUUCUUCAACCAAUACCAAGCCUUCUGCUCAACAUGAUUCCGCCGUUGAAGAUGAUUCAAACGGAGAGCCUGUUCAAGAUCAAGGAAUUGAUACUUCUGCUGACUCGCAUGUAGCUACAGAAGACCUUACCAGCAAGUAUACAGCACAUUCUUCUAUAAAUACUAAGUUUUCUGCUCAACAUGUUUCUGCUGUUGAAGAGAAUUCAGGGGGAGAAGGGUCUAUAAUUACUGCUGCGGCACUUUCAGUUCAAGAUCAAAGUGUCGCUAACUUGAUUAAACUAACUUCUCCCGGAACGGAUGCUUCAGUUGACUCCAGUAGCCGGCGUGAAAGUUUGGAAGGGAACUGGGGCUCUAGUUCAGUUAUCUCAAUGAUAUCUGAUGCACCAACUGUUAUUGAGGCCGAAACUUUACCUCCAAUUGGUUCGCUGGCUGCAUCAGAAGAAGGCAAAUCUGACUUGAACACCUUACAGGCUGCACCUGCUGAUAGACAGCUAUCUGGAAAAUCAGCAACAUUUGAACUGCCAUCUUUCACAACAUUGGUUGAGCCUAACCAUGCGGCUGCUAGUCCUGAAGGUGCUGCUUCUGAAAUCCCGAAUCCUCAACCGUUAAGUUCCACCUUGCCAGCCGGUUGGUUUCCAACUCUAAAUCAGGUUAUCAAUGAUUCUGAAGGGAGAAAGAAGAAUGAAGAAACAAUUGCCAAAAUAACAAACCGGAGCAGCAGUAAUAAAGAGCACACACCUCUGAAGAGUCUCUUGGACGAGGUUACUCAUAGCAGCAAAAAGCCGAAAUCGCCAAAAGUUGAAGAAACUAAUAAUGUGUCUGGAUUGACAACUGUUAACUCAAUUCUUGGUCCCGAGUCCCCUUCGGCGGCCCAAGUGGCGAAAGAAAAGGCUGCAGAUGAAUGGAACUCUCCAGCAAGAUAUCCUGCAAAUAUCAAGAGAGAGAAAAAGAAAUUGAAGAGCAGACCAUUGUGGUUACAGUUUGUUUGUUGCUCAACAGCAGUGGAUCAUCCUCAACGAAGGUAGAAGAAAAACUAGAAGAUUGCUUUUAGCUCUAUCCUCUCAUUAGUCAUUCUGGUUAUUAUUCGCCCUCUAUUGUUUUUUUAGUUUAUCUAUCAUAGAUUUUAGAUACAUAUUUUAACGUGUCCUAUAUUGUUCUUGCAAGUUUAUUAGGAGUUGCGUUGUAUAUGUUGACCAUCUUCAGCUUUUAUUUUUAUCAGAGAUCUUACUACUCAUACUGUGUAAUGUGUACUUAGUUUGGUCUUAGGGAAUAAUUUGCUCCAUACUCUCAUCUCAUGUGCUGAUGUAUUCUGGUUA